AUGUCCGAGAUUGGGAAUGGUUCACAUUCGGACCUGGAAAGAAAGGCUUCUAGCGACAUUGUUGAUUUGAAUAUCAAACAAAAAACAUGCACUUCAUCUGAAGAGCGGAAAAGUGAUAGAACCAAACUUUUUUUGAGUCUGUUUUCCUUGGGACUGUCGAUGUUUGUAACAGCAUUGGAUGUUCUCAUUGUUGGGACGAUUAUUGACACUGUCUGCAAUUCUUUUGGAGACUAUACCAAGAGCGGCUGGAUUGUGACGGGCUAUUCUUUGCCUAAUGCAUUAUUUAGCUUAUUAUGGGGUAGGUUAUCCGCCACAUUAGGGCCCAGGAUAAGUGUGGUGAGCUGCAUAUUACUUUUUGAAGCGGGCUCCUUGAUAUCAGCUCUGGCGAGCUCAAUGAACAUGUUAAUCGCUGGCCGGGUAGUAGCAGGAGUUGGUGGAAGCGGGCUGCAAACACUGAGUCUUGUUAUAGGAUGUCAACUUGUUAGCGAAAAAUCUCGUCCUUUAGUACUGUCAUUACUUAACUGUACUUUCGCUGUCGCAUCCAUUGCGGGGCCCUUCUUAGGUGGAGCUUUCACCACACAUGUAACCUGGAGAUGGUGCUUCUACAUCAACCUUCCCAUCGGUGGAUUGGCAAUUGCAACUUUCAUGUGCUUUUACAAUCCGGAAGGCGUCAACUUACGGAAGAAAAGUGGUAAGGCCAUCAAAAAGUUUUUGGGCUUUCGACUCAACAGAACAUCCCCCGGCAAACUUUUGCAGCAUAUAUUAUUUGGCUUUGACAUCAUAUCUUUUGCCCUUUUUACUGCCGGCUGGCUACUUUUCCUGUUGGCGUUAACUUUUGGGGGUCAAACUCAUCCUUGGAAGUCUGGCAUUGUUAUUUCUUUCAUUAUUGUAGGAUUUUUGCUGAUUGUUCUUUCUUUGGUCUAUGACUUCCAAGUUUUUGAGCGAAUGAAGACUCGAAGCGAGUUCAGACCUCUUUUGAGCUGGCGAUUAAUGUCACAGAAAUCUAUUUUGUUUGCUAAUUUUACUGGAUUCUUCUCUACAAUCGCAUACAACGUGCAAAUGAUUUACAGCGUUCAGUUUUUUCAACUCGUUUGCGGAUUUUCUGCUUGGAAAGCUGGACUUCACCUCAUUCCUAUUUUAAUCUCUACCGUUGUGUUUUCCAUUGUUAGUGGAAUCCUUGUAAAAAAGGCAGGUCAAAUCAAGCCUCCCCUACUAUUUGGUAGCGCAAUGGGUGUUUUGGGAGGUGGACUUAUGAUGAUGCUCGACAACACAUCUAGUAAGCACACUCAAAUUGGCGUACUGAUUCUUCCUGGAGUUGCUCUAGGAUUCGUGCUGCCAUCUGCACUAAUUGCAUGUCAUGUUCAGCUUGAUAAAACCAAUGUCACCUAUGAGGCGGAUAUGCUAGAAACCACCUCUGUGAAUGCACUACUGAAGUCUCUGGGGACCACGCUUGGUAGCAUCCUCUCAACCAUGGUUUUCUCAACCUCUGUGCACAAUAAAAUGAGGCACAGUAAUCUCAGGCUUGACGAUUAUAACACAGUCGACAAUAUCGCGUCUUAUCGAAUGAAUCAUUUUGACGGGGCGCGUUCUGAGAUGGGGUAUAUGUUGAGCGACUCUAUCAAAAAUGCCUUCUGGAUGGCUUUGGGAUCGUCAGCCAUCGCCUUCCUUUGCAGUAUUUUUGUGUCGAAACGGAAAAUUGAAUUGUAG